GCGGAGUGCUGCGGGGAGGUGCUCCUCUCGCUCAGCUACCUGCCCACGGCGGAGCGUCUCACGGUCGUGUGGUCAAGGCAAGGGCCUCGAGUGGCCCCAAGGCCGAGAGAGUGGCGCCCCCUUCGUGAAGGUGUACCUGCUGCAGGGCGGCCGCAAGGUGAGCAAGAAGAAGACGGUGACCAAGAGAGACGAGAGGAAUCCCGUCUACAACGAUGCCAUCAUCUUCUCCGUGCCCGCCAGCACACUGCAGGACAUCUCCCUGCGGGUGACGGUGGCUGACCACAGUGAAGGCACGAGAGCCGAGAACAUCGGCCACGCGGUCAUCGGCCCGCAGAGCUCAGGGGUGGCACUCGCGCAUUGGCAGCAGAUGCUGGCCACGCUGCGCAGACCCGUGUCCAUGUGGCACCCGUUGCGUAAAUCCCACGCAUGAGCCACAGCGCUCAGCCAGGGGACAGGGCGGCUCCAGCCACCACACAACCACCCAACCACUCAGCGCCGACCGUCGUUCAUUCGCACGUCGGGAAGACGCGCUCGCCAAGGGGAGAUACCGCCUGCAGCCAGAACGCUGAAACGACAGCAUCUCAGCAUCCCCCGAGAGACUCGCUGAUGAUUCGGGCGGUGUGGGUCAGGAUGGAUUUGGACUGCACGCCAUCGGGCGCGAAGAGACGAGCGCAUCGCAAGUAAAUCGUUGCGGUCCCCUGCCCAACACCCGCGCGUUGCUCGGUGGGCUUUGCUCACGCCCGAGUGCAACGAAGCAGAGACUCACGAAACUCGCCAUCAGCACUUUGUCCCUGGUAAUAACUUAAGUCCAAUGUGUUAUUGCAAGGGUGUCUAGCCAGGAGUGAGCAAUGAUAUUAGUUCGAACUUUCACGUUCUCGCUAAUACGAGAAAAUGACAUAAAAUACGACGGAAUCUCAGCGGUAACUUUUCAACCUUUGU